AAUAUGCCAAGUGGAUAUGACUUUUUUUGUGGUGUGGCAGCUCAUUAGUUAUUUAGCAUUUACCAUCUUUGUGUUUGCAAACACCAUAUCAUCAUUCCGCUUCCAAGUUCUAUCAUCAAGAAAGAAAGAAAAAGAUCAUGGCAGCUGAAUUGGUGGGAGGGGCUUUUCUCUCUGCUUUGGUCCAAACCUUGUUUGAGAGAGUGGCCACUCGUGAGAUGGUUGAUUUCAUAAGGGGAAUAAAACAAGACAAUGGUCCUAACCUGCUAGACAAGUUGAAGAUAACACUGCGCUCAGUUGAUGCUCUGGUCAACCAUGCUGAGGAGAGGCAAACCACAGAUUUUCACAUAAGGGAAUGGCUCAAUGAUCUCAAGGAUGCUAUGUUUGAAGUUGAAGACCUUUUAGACAAGAUCAGUGUAUCAUCUUCAAGGCAGAAAAUGGAAGCUGUUUUCUUGAGCAGCACUUUUAGUAAGGUAUCUGUCUCUUCACAUGCUUCUUCACUUGGUGAUUUCAUUGAAAGGAUGGAGACCAGUUUAGAAAAAAUGGACAAUCUUGUGAAACAAAAAGAUGUUUUGGGUUUGAGGGAAGGUGCCAAUCAGACACCACAUAGAAAUCUUCAAACAACUUCUUUAGCAGGAAAAUGUUCUGUCUAUGGAAGAGAUGCUGAUAAGGGUAAUGUUAUUCAACUUUUGGUUUCUGCAUCAGAUUAUGGUAUUGGUAGUGAUAAGAUAUGUGUGCUCCCUAUAGUUGGUAUGGGAGGAGUUGGGAAAACUACUCUUGCUCAAUUUGUGUACAAUGAUGAAAAAGUGAAGCAGCAUUUUGACAUCAAAGCAUGGGUUUGUGUUAACCAAGAAUUUGAUGUCUUCAAACUAACCAAGGCCAUUCUAGAGGCAAUCCCUUUAACAUGUGACACAAUGGAUCUUAAUUUACAACAGAUAAAGUUGAAAGAGUUCCUUCAUAACAAGAGAUUCUUAAUUGUUCUAGAUGAUGUUUGGAACGAAAGCUAUACCAUGUGGGAGAUAUUAAGGCGCCCAUUCGAAUUUGGUGCUCAAGGAAGUUGUGUCCUUGUAACAACCCGCAAUGAAAAUGUUGCAUCAGCUAUGCUUACUGUUCCAAGUUACCAUUUAAAACCACUAGCAGAUGAUGAUUGUUGGUUGCUGUUUUCUGAGCAUGCAUUUGAAGGAGGAAGGUUUAAAAGAAGUACUGCAUUGGAAGAUAUUGGCAGGGAAAUAGUGAAAAAAUGCAGGGGACUUCCAUUAGCAGCAAAAGCUCUUGGGGGUCUCUUGCGGUCCAAAGUAGAUUCAAGAGAAUGGGUGAAGGUUCUGGAAAGCAAGAUAUGGGACUUUCCAAGUGAUAGGAGCAAUAUUCUUCCAGCUCUCAUGUUGAGUUAUUACUAUCUUCCCUCAACUCUUAAGCGGUGUUUUGCUUAUUGUUCCAUAUUUCCCAAAAACUACCAAUUUCGAAGAAAGGAACUCGUGCGCUUGUGGAUGGCAGAAGAUCUGCUGCUGCAUCCCAAACGGAAUGGAAAUGCGGAAGAACUCGGUACUGAAUACUUCAACAAUCUAGCAUCCAGGUCAUUCUUUCUUAAUUCAAGUAGGAGGCGCUUUAUCAUGCAUGAUCUCAUUGUUGAUUUAGCUGAAUUUGUCUCAGGAGAUUUCUCAUUGAGAUUGGAGGGCAAGAUGAACACUCUCCCCUCAAAAAGAACUCGCUAUUUGUCAUAUAAUUCAAAGCUCCAGCUUGAUGAUUUGGAGAAAAUUAUGGCUACAUGUGAAAACCUGCGGACUUUUCUUCCAUCGCAGGCUUUGUCAUGUCCAAGAUGUUUGAACAAUGAGGCUGUGAGCAGCUUAAUUUCAAAACAUAAAAGUUUAAGGAUCCUUUCUCUGUCACACUGUGGUAAUUUGACAGCUUUACCUGAUUUCUUGGGUGACUUGAUACAUUUACGAUAUCUAGACCUCAGCGCCACUCCAAUCUCCAAGUUACCUGAGUCCACUUGUUCUCUGCACAAAUUGGAGAUUUUAUUGUUGACAAACUGUUCUCAUCUUGCUGAAUUACCACUUCAAAUAGGAAGUUUGAUCAACUUGAGGUGUUUGGAUAUCAGGGGAACAAUAAUAGGUGAAAUGCCACCUCAUAUGGGUACUUUGACAAAUCUUCAAACCUUAACUAGAUUUGUUCAGGGUAGUGGGCAAGGGUCUGGCAUUGAAGAGCUGAAGAAUUUUCCUUUUCUUAAGGGAAAGAUCUCUAUUUCAAAUCUCCAAAAUGUCACCUAUCCACAUGAUGCUAUGAAGGCUAAUUUGUUGGGGAAUAUGGAACUUAAUGAAUUAAUGUUGAUUUGGGGUACAAAUGCAGAUGAAUCAAAAAAUGUUAGAAGCCUAUUGCAUUGGUUGGAGCCUCCUAUGACCUUGGAAAAACUUACCAUCAGAAAUUAUGGCAGUACAUCAUUCCCAGCCUGGUUAGGAGAUUGUCAAUUCUCAAAGUUAGUAUCUCUAUCCCUUAAUGAUUGUGCAAAUUGUCUUUGUUUGCCAACACUGGGGCAAUUGCCUUCCUUGAAAGCCCUCUCAUUGGUGGGGUUUAUGAUCGUCACUCAUGUUGAUGGUGUGUUUUACAACAAUUCUUCUAUGGAUGCGAAGAAAUCUCAGACCCACAAUACCACACCAUUUAGGUGCCUUGAGAGUUUGCAUUUUGAGAACAUGCCUCAGUGGCAAGAAUGGCUUCCUUUCGGGGAGGAAGGGAAGGAAGAUGAAGAUGGUGCAUUUCCUUGUCUUAAACGACUCGCUAUAAAAAAUUGCCCAAAACUGAAGGGCUUGAACUUGAUCCAAAAGCUACCUUCCAUAGAAAAGAUUGUUAUUACAAAAUGUGAACAGCUUGUGGUUGUAGUUCCCCCAACAAUCUGUGAAUUGCAAUUAGAAUGUUGUGAGAAGGUUUCAAUUCAGAGUCUACUGCCUCAACUAUUGAACCUGAAAAUCAGUAGUUAUAAUGCAGCAGAGUCACUAUUUGAGGCAAUAGAUAACAGAAGUUCUUGCAUUGAAAAGUUGAGUAUCUCAAGUUGUCCUCUCAUUCAACACCUUCCUAGUAAUGGCAUUGCAAACACAUUAAAAUCACUUACCAUUAUAAACUGUGAGAACAUUGAGUUUCCUAUGAGCCAAUGCUUUCCAUAUCUUGAGUUCUUAUGCAUCAAAUGGAGUUGUGAUUCCCUGAGGUCUUUCAUAAUGGACUUGUUCCCAAACAUGAUCCACCUUGAAAUACAAGGAUGCCAGAAUUUGGAGUCUCUUGUAGUCACCGGGGUGCAGUUGCAAUAUCUUCAAUCUCUGAAUUCCUUAAGGAUCUGCAAUUGUCCUAACUUUGAAUCUUUUCCUGAAGGUGGACUCAGAGCUCCAAAUAUGACAAAUUUACAUUUGGAAAAAUGUAAAAAAUUGAAGUCUUUUCCGCAGCAGAUGAACAAGAUGCUCCUGUCCCUCAUGACUUUGAACAUAAAAGAGUGUCCAGAACUUGAGUCAAUUCCAGAGGGAGGUUUUCCAGAUAGUCUGAACUUACUUGAGAUCUUUCACUGUGCUAAACUAUUUACCAACAGGAAGAACUGGGAUUUGCAAAGACUGCGCUUUCUUAGAAGCUUCGCUAUAGCGGGUGCAUGCGAAGAUGGAGAAUCCUUCCCAGAAAGAUGGCUGCUUCCAUCCACUCUUACAUCCUUUCAUAUCCUUGCUCUUUGGAACUUGAAGUAUCUAGAUGAGGACAGCCUUCAAAAAUUGACCUCUCUAGAGACUUUGGGGAUUGCAUGCUGCCCAAAACUUCAGUGUAUGCCUGCAAAGCUUCCUUGUUCGAUUUCUACCCUUCAUAUCGUGAGAAGUCCAAGACUUGAAGAAAGAUGUAGAGGAAGGAAAUCUGAAGAUUGGCCCAAAAUUGCUCACAUUCCCAUGAUACGGAUCAACAGGAAAUUGCUCCAAUAAGACCAAACUUGAUGUGAAAUUACCAUAUCUUAUUGUCCAGUGUUGUUUCUGUUGAGAUAGCAAAGCAGCAAUAGCUUAGGACCUAUGGCCACUCACUGUCCUUUCUCCAGCAUGGAGAUAUUCCAGCUGAUUAGAUUUCCAUUUCUCAAUGUAAUUGGUUGCAUGGUAUUCAUGUAAUAAUAUAGAGAUAUUAUCUACUCUGUCAAUUGCCAUUUCUUGUGAAGGUCUUUUUCAGGGUCAACUAUUUGAGAACCAAACAUGACCAAGUUUGCACAAGAGUUGAACAGAUAUCAAUUUUCACACAUUGAUA